UAAAAAUUAUUACUAUAUAUCUAGAAAUUGAGUGCAACAUUUAAUUCAAAUAAACCGGUAAUUAUCCGAUUACUUAGACUCUUCAUAUUGUAAUCUCAAAUACACACCACUAUAACCCUUCCUUUCUCCCCCUUCAGUUGUGGAGAUUUUCAUCAGCAUCCCGUAGACUGUACAUUUCCGACCAAGUGCCAUUGUCCACCAUUUAUCGUGUACAAAACAAGGAGCCCAACAUGUUUCGCUAUUCUUCUUCAUCCGAAAUCGGCUUCUAAAUGUUCUCCAUGUCGCGUCGCAUCAGACGAAUCAGCUCUCGGCAUUAGCCAUUGUUCUACCUUGACCACCCUCUAUUAUUCGGUGGAAUCGUCUGGCCCACCCAGGGGCAACAACUACGAACAUCCGCUUGUGGGAUGUCGGGGGACAUUGGUGAAACGAAAAAUUGGUUUUCAGUUAAAUUACGACAGUGUCGUGAUUCAUGCACGACGAUGGAGGAAGCGGUUGAUCGCUGGAGGGGAUUUGAAAUGUAAACGGAUCUUAUCUCGGUCGAUGAAGCACGCCGUUCGAUAUUCCGAUACUAACACUACAUCGCCAUCAUCACUAGCUCCAAGGGGUAUCGAGGCUGGCAUAAUGGAAUUCCUCGUUAUAUAAAUUUCGUGUGCACAUUUUUCUGGCACCCAUCGAUCUCUAUGGUCCUUCCAUUUUCCUGGCUUUUCUCUUUUAAACCCGACGUAUGUAGCCUUCUCUUACCCUCAUCUGCCUGCGCUCUCUCUAGCCCCCCCACUACACCAUGCAUCGCUCUAUCCUUCUCUUUCGAGUCACGAUUGCCGCGUCCUCUGUUCUAUUCCGUCUCUACGAAUGGCCGUUCGAUUCCUCAAACGUUUUUCGAGGAGAAAACGAAAUUCCAUCGAUAACUGUGAAUCCAGAGCAUCGUUCUUUAAAUGAUUUUAUCUCGCCGAGCAAAACGCUGGGAGCGGAUAAAAAGGGAUUCUCGUCGAUUAACUUCCGCUUCGCUUUUGUCUGCCGUUCGCGAGCCAGCGGGAAUAGUAACGGAUCAUCUAGAGCGGUACUUUGGUGAGGCUUCGAGUACCCGGAUAUCCGCGGAGUCGAAUAUCUGAAUGGUGACGUCAAUGGUUAUCUGCGAUAUGGUUGUUUCGAUGCUAUCGAACGGAAAGGUUCGCGGAACGGGCAGCGUUCAACGUAUUUAAGCGAUCUUCAACUAUAGAAAUUCACCGAGCGAUCAAGGAUAGCGGUAGGAUAUGCCGAUAUGGCUUUCGUUCGCCUUUGUUUGCGCACAGUCCGACGCGACGCUCGAGAUGCGUCGAUCAGGGUCGAUCUCUCGCAUCGAUAGAUGGCUCUGGCGUCUAACGAUCGCAUUGCAUCGAUGUACGCCGCCAUGGACCGUUACUUGGAACGCGGUUGCAGAAGUCUACGCUUGUUUACCUCUAAUAAACCGUUCGUUUUACCGGACUUUAGUCGUGGUUUUCUAUUUUAUGUCGACGAUCCGCGUUCGCCGUUUGUGGUUCCUUUGUUUGUGCGUAUUAUAGAACGGAUCUUUUGUGGACAAGCCUCGUUAAUUGGAACUCAAAUUCAGACGCUGACAGACGGUGACAUUCGGCUCUUGUGUUUCGAAGUGUAAAAAAUACUUCGAGAGGUGUUUUUCGUACGAUGUUAAGUUGCUUUUCAAAGUGAAUACGGAUAAUGAAUGUAGUGAAAUCGUUGAAUUCGUGGUUCGACCUGCAAUCCUUGAUGUUCAUCGAUUAUCGAAAGAUACGCAUGUAAGUGAUAUAUAUCAGCAAUUAUUCUUCUGAAGAGCACAUGUAUGCCCGCAUUCUGCAGAAUAAACACAGAGAGUCGAACCGAGGUAACAGGGAUGAAAGGAUUUCUUCGACUGUGUCGAGAAAGGUUACCAAUCACUGUAUCACGAUUCAGAAAAAGUUUGCAAACUGUGGCAAGGUUUCUCACAAUAUUAACUUCGCUGCAUUCAUGGAUAUCAGACAAUACGAUGCCUAAUGAUGAUAAGCGACCAAUCAGAUCGUGGAACAUUCAUUUACAGGCACGAAGACGCGGUGUGACGUUGUUUCUAUUAAUACUGGUUGGUUUGUUCACUCUUGGCACGGCCGCAAUCUGUCCAAACGGUUGCAUCUGUGACGACGACAACCUCGUGGUAUCCUGUAUAGGAGCAAAUUUGGAUGUCAUACCGAUUGCCCUGAAUCCAAGUAUCCAGCGAAUAGUGUUAAAGGAAAAUCGAAUAAAAAUAGUCGACGCAGCCGCAUUCCAAUUCUACGGGGACUUAAAGAACGUCGAUUUGUCGAGCAAUCACCUGUUUACCAUUCCCAAUGGGAGCUUCGAUGCUCAGAAGCAACUGGUGGAACUUCAUCUAAGACACAACAAGAUCUCGGCAUUGACCGAGAAAACGUUCCAAGGUUUGAAAUCUUUGACGGUGCUCAAUUUGCGUGACAACUACUUGGAAAACCUGAAGAAUGGCCUGUUUGCCUCGUUAUCGAAGUUGGAAGAGUUGGACUUGGGAAAAAAUCGCAUAUCAAAAGUGGAGCCGGGUGCUUUUCAAAAGUUGGGCACGCUCCGAGUAUUACACCUCGAUGACAAUCAAUUGAAGACUAUUCCAUCUCCGGCUCUGGCUCCGUUAAAUGCUUUAGCCGAAUUGCAUAUAGGUUGGAACGCAUUUUCGUCACUUCCAGAUGACGCGUUCAGGGGAUUGGAACAAUUGACUGUGCUUGAUAUUACCGGUGCCGGUUUGGACAACAUAAGCGACAGCGCUUUUCGCGGUUUGAACGCUUUGCGAACGUUGGAAUUGGAUGGGAACAAAUUGCGAGAAGUGCCGACUAGACAAUUGGCCGUUCUACCUCGACUCGAGGAGCUCACUCUGGGUCAAAAUUUCUUCACGAUUCUGAGAUCGGGUGCCUUCCAAGGCCUGUCCAAGUUGAAGAAACUGGACAUAUCCGCGGCAAAGUUAUUAACCACCGUUGAACGAGGAGCGUUCUCGGACAACGCAAAUCUAGAAACACUCGUGUUGAAUAGUAACAAACGGCUGACUACAAUGGAGGAUGGUUCCCUGGCCGGGUUGCCCAACUUAAGGCACUUGAUGCUGCGCGACAACGCAUUCACCGGAUUCUCGGAAUCUCUAGUAGCCUGGAACGAGCUUCGCCGACUUGACUUGAGCGAAAAUCCUUUGGUCUGCGAUUGCAGCCUGCUCUGGUUAUCCGAGGUUCUUGUCCCAAGAAACUCCAGCCCGGUGUUGUGCCUGGAGCCAGCCGAAUCGAAAGGAAAACCUAUAAAGGGCAUGACACCCGACGAAUUAGGUUGCGCUUUCUCCGACCCCAGGAAGCAAGCUCUGCUGGCCACCCUCAGCACGGCUGGCGUCGCCUUCUUCUGCGCCGUAUGUCUGAUCGGCUACUACAGAUGUCGCAGACGCUUUGGGGACGCGUUGAAAGACUACAAAUGGAAAAACCGCGGCAUCUCCCGCAAAGAGCACGAGUAUCAAAAGACCUUCUCGAACGACGACGAGUAUAUCGUCAGAUCCGCCCACACUCAUCACCAUCACCAUCACCAUCAAGCUCAACCGCAACAAAUCCCGCCUCACCAUCAUCAUCACCAUCUUCAACAGCAACAAUUGCAACAACAACAGCAGCAACAACAGCAACAACAACAACACUCUCAGAUAGCGGCUGGUAUCAAGCCUAUACCAGUGACGGAACUGUAGCUAGAACUUCGGGCGGCGAGCCCUGGAACCGGCGGUGUUUGGUUCUUGCCCCAUGGCAGCACUACUCUCGCCGAAGGCUUCACCUACAUCGACGGGGAGACGGCGCGCCAAAUGCGCCGCCCGGGAACGCUGCCCAACUCCGGGACGUCCGGCCAUCGUCCAGCCGCUAUCGAGGACGGCUCAGCGCCAUUGACUGUCCCAGGGGAUAACUGCUCCUCCACAGGCGGUGGUAGACUGCAUUAUUCGAAUCAUUCUCUGCGCCGUACGCCCCAGCCCCCGCAUCUGCCCCCCCGCGACCCGGACAACACCUCGGAACGGACGCAGAACGACUCGAGGCUUCAGAACGGCAUACCUGGACACCAUCACGCGCCACCUCCGCUACCCUCGAGACACCAGUCGUCCUGCGGCCAAUCCUCCUACCCCACCCUGCCCAUGAACGGCCACGCGGCCCAUCAGUACCAUCACUUUCCGCGCGAGAAGGACAGAUCGUCGGCUCGUGAGAGGAGUCGCGAUCGAGAUGUACAAUCCGUCCCUCAUCGGUCCGAGAAGCACCGAGAACUUCAGAUGGAGAUGGAGAUGCGCGACGGGAUGGACAUGGAGAUAGGCACGUAUCGGGCGUAAGGAAGUGUAUGUAUGCGGGUGACAAGGUGAACUAAGGUUUCGAUAAUGCGAAUCGGCGGCCGAGUGAAUUGAAUCGAAGACUGAAAUAAUCGAAUAAGAUGAGGUGGGGAGAAGAAACUCUGACGCGGUUCACGCGUCUACGUCCGACUCUCUCGUGGCGAGCUUGCGUAAAUGAGACAUGGUGGAGGAGGGAAAGAUGCAUUGUGCGAAGCAUUUGAUGAACAAUCGCCGGUGCAAUCGCGAAUGGAAUUGGCGAACUCGCAGCUAAAUCAAACUGAAGACUGAUUACGACGGGCGUACGGUGAACUGUAAUAACUCGAGAGUAAGUUAAUGAUGAUAACAUUGGUACAUUCCAAUCAUCUGUCUGCCAGUCUUCGUUGGAAUCGGCGACCACGCAAAUUUCGAAUCAAAUUAUAACCUUUUUUUGAUUGAUAGGAAUUUCUCUGAUUACGUCGUGUAUACGCCUCAUGUAUAUGGUGUUCACAAUGGGAAAUCUCCAUGUUUACUUUACUUAAAAUCGUGCCGAUGGAAAUUACGGAUCAACAGGAAGAAAUAUACAUAUAUAAAUAUAUAUAUAUAUAUAAAUAAAUAAAUAGAAAGACACAUCGAAGUUAUUUUAAUGAAAGCAAAGAUUCAAUAUGCCCGAUGGGAAUAAGAAAACGUAAUAAGGAAUACAAGUCGUGCAUACGGAUCAAACGUUAAGGAUCAAUGAUGCUUUGAAGGAAAUCCGUCGAAAUGGAUAAAAUCUCUGAUUAUUAUGAGAAUUGUGAGAAGGUAUCGAUACGUUUCGUCGGACAUGGGCAUCCGUUUCACAAUAGCGCAAUGCGCGGACUAAAGGGCAGUACCGUGAAAAAGAAACGAGAUUCGCAAAGCAAGAUGAAUCGGAUUGAACGGAUUGAGGGGGGGGGGGGGGGGAGAAGAGUCAAAAGACCGAUGGAAAUAAGAACUGUGUUCGUUGCUCCACUAACGAUUUUUACGUGCGACAGCUAUGGAAUGAUCGUUUCCAUCGUGUGUUCGAGAGACAUCGGUGACUUUGAAGAUCGUUGAAAGACGAAACCCGGAAGAGGAAAGAAGGCAAAAGGGAAGAAAGAUCAAAGUUUCGAGCGAAGCUUAUGUCUCGAUUACACGGAUUAUACGGACUUGCAUGUCGUUUGUAAAGAUCAUUUUUAAAGAAAGAUGGAGCAAUAUCGAUCGUCGAUCACACGCUUCCACCGCCAUUGCUAUCGUUCACGAACGAUCCACAAUGAACGUUUGUGGGUAUUAUUAUUGCAAUUACGGUGAAUUUUCAAGCGCCUUAUGCGAGUAAUCUUGAGGAUGUGAAAAAAUCGUAUUCAGAAUACUCUAUUGGGAAUUUCAAUGAUUCGUUGCGUCAUUUUAUUCCCAACGUUUAUUAUGUAUAUGUAUUUAUUGGCGUGAUAUUAGAAAACUUUGUAUUUGUAUCCGUAAUACCUUUGUAUUUUCUAUAUUAUUUAAAGGAAAAUUAUAUCGAAUGCUUUAUUCCCUUGGGGAUAAAUAAAUUCUUUGUCUCGAAAGAAGAUCGAGUAAUGUAAACGAGUAAUUGUAAAUUAUUGUAUAGAUAUUUUCUAAAAUUUAAUCGUAUAAAAAUGGGAGGGAGGGGAGUAAAAAUGGAAUUACAAAUUUGUAACGAGACACCUAUUUUCUGAGUACGAUUCAUAAUAAAUGAAUGCUCACAUGAACCUUCACGAUGUGUAACGUUAUAUUAAGUCGAUCAUUUAAUUAUACCUAAACCAUUGAAUAAAUUACUUAAAAAAAAAAAAGAAAGAAAGAAAAAAAGACGAUCUCAAGUUCGAUAGCGUGUAGUUACACGAUAAUCUACGUGAUAAAAUCGAAGGAAUUUAUAAACUCGAAAAUAAUCGUCCAAUUGAAUAUUCACUGGAAUCUGGAACAUAAACGUGUAACGAACUUUCUUCGACCGGAGAGGAACUUCCGUGAAACUAGAAUUUGAUCGUGAACUUAAAUUUCAACUAUUCAAGGUGACAACACAUUAUAUCGUUCUCUUUCAAAUCGUUCUUCAUUAUAUUUAAAACAUCGCUCAAUACAAUUUUUUAUUUAAAUAUUUAAGAUAUGCUUUUCAUUCGUAUUCAUUCGUUCAAGCUUGUUUAUAUAAAAUGAGUAUUUAGUAUUUUGUUAAGUAUUAUUUUCAAAUACUUAUAUUAUUUUUUUUUAAGUAGCAAAUUAUUUCAUUAUAAAUUAAAAUCCCUUCUUUUUUAUUUUAUUUUUUAUUCAAAUAAAUAAUACGUUUUCUUUUAUAACAUAUCAAUUUAAUUAUUAAAUUAAAUUAUAAUUUCAUAACUUUAAUUUUGUUUUUUCGCUGACAUAAUUUUGACCGAAAAAUAUGAAAAAUUGGAUCGCCAAAGAAAUAAAAAAAAUAAAUAAAUCGAUAAAAUUUGCAAUUUAUAAUCAAUUGAAUAAAUUAACAAAGGAUCAAUCUUCUAGUUGAGAGGUAAAAUAAAUGUGAUCGAGCGUUUACCGAAAUAUUCUUCGUUUUCCAGGCAUCAGACGAUGAUGCAUUUAAAAAAAAAAAUCGAACUAUAAAAUCGCUUUUGUUUAUGAAAAGCGAAAUACGUAUCAUAACGUGGUCUCAUCUAACAUAGAGUUACACUCAUAUACAUAUAUAUAUUCUAAACAAUCGAUUUUAGAAAUUUCAUUUUGAAAAUUAAUAUACGAACGCAUGACAUAAUAAUUCGCACAAUAUCACAAUCGAUCAUAAAUUAGGAAUAAAUUUAUAUAGUAUCUCGUCGGUGCAUAUCUUUUCCAAUGUCAAUAUCCAUAAAAUCGAAAUUAUUUAUCCUUCGAAUUUCUUUCGCAAAUCAAAAUCAAAAAACCACGAUAGUAAUCCCUCCCUCCUUCUCUGUAUCAAAUUUCUGCUCUUCAAGUUUGCCGCGAUAUUUUAUCAAAGAAAUAGAAAAAGGGAAAAAUAUCUCAAAAUUGCGAAAAAUGAUAAUAAUCAUAAAAAUAUCAUUCAACACGAUUGCACGACAUCGAGGCCGCACUGUUAAACGACUAGAAGCAAAAACUUAUCAAACCAUUGAAACAUAUAUUACGAUUUACGUACACGAUCGUUUCGCACCAAAUACGAAUUCGAUACCGGUCGAGCUUCGAGUUCGAGAUUUCUGUUAUUAUUCAUCAGAGUGUACGUUUCGAGAUGUAAAGGUUUUGGUGGUCGUUUUCAUCCCUCCCAUUCGGGCGUAGAUCCGAGUACUCUGUAUCUCGAUGCAAAAUUAUUGGUUCCACGCAUAUGGAACAAUGAUGGACCGCGAUGAGACGAGGCCGCAGGAAUCGAAAAACGAUUGUAAGAUACUCGAUGUAAAUAGAAUUCUUCGACUUUCUUCUCAGACUUUCUGCUCUCGUUCACUCGUUCCAGAAUCCAGAACUCGCUAUUUUUGCGGGUUGAAAAAAAAUAUCCGUGACAUGUUGGAUUGUCUCAAAAGUUCUUUUCGUUGCAUAUAUGAUUUUGGCGAGUCGAGAAACAUGAUUUUUCAUUGAUAUUUUAAGUCAGAUUCCUUCUGAUUUUUAAAAAAAAUAUCUUUAUAAGUAUCUUAUAAAGAUAUUUAUAAAUAUCUUAUUAUGUAUGAUAUUUGAUGAUCCUUAACAAAAAUCCGUAACAAAAAUUUUUGGUACAUUCGAGACCGAUGACGCAACGUAUCAUGUACAGAUUUUCUAUUUUAUGGCGGUUGAGGCGAAGAAUAUUCCAUAUUUUCCAUCAUAUACAACUAUUUUGGAUUUUAUUUUUUCCCAUUAUACUGUUCAUUCGAUCGAAUGUGUUGAAUGACAUUAAAAGCGCAAAUAUAAAUAAAUCAAAAAUCAUUUUGGAAAAGUAGAAUAUAAUCCAGAAAGAUGGAACUUUGAUACAAUUUGUAUAUAAAUGUUUGAAAUAAAACGUCUAUGUAUAAAAUUUUAUAAAUGACGAAAUAUCAUUGAAAUAUAUAAAUACGAUCCAUCUUAAUUCUAGAAAAAUUCUAGAAAAAUAAAGAUCUAUAUAGAGAGAGAGAGAAAAAAAACGAAAAGAACUUUUUGGACUUAUAUCUCGAGAUUGUAAAUAACGUUUAUAUUGCUUACGAUUCCCUUGAUUGUAAGAUGUGUAUAUAUAUUUUUCACGCGAUCGAAAAGUUAGAUGAAAGGUUCAGAAGCCAAUCAAUGUAAAAUCAUGUUGUUUGAAAGCUUACGAUUCAAAAAUUUCUUUAAAUCUUCGCUUGGCGAAUCAAUUAAAUCGAUUAAAUCGAUGUUGAAAUUCUUGAAUUGAUUUGUUAAUCGAAAAUUUGAACAAUAAAAAGAUUUUUGAAUUAUAUAAAUCAUUUUUUCAAUAGAAUACGAUUUACACUGAUUAACUUCUGAACUUUCUAGAUACAUAUGUAUCUCCUCAAGAAGUAAGAAAACUAUUCGGGUAACCAAAUUUACGGGUAUUGCCUCGCCUCGAGUUCAUCGCCGUUUCGAUAUUCAUUAAUUAUUAGAGAUUAUACGACUGUAACGAUAUACGAUAAAAAUAGUUUUAUCUAUCAAUAUCCCUAUAGAACAGCAUCAGAGAUACUUUCGAUCUUCAGAAUCAACGUUGGAAAAAGAGAAAAAGCGGAUUCAUAGCUCUGGUAGCUCGUUAUAAAAAAAUAACAGUGAGACGCCUUAAAUUCGUUUCUCGAUACCCAUAAAAAUCCUGUUUCAACCAACGGGAACAAUAUCUCUCUUUCGAUCGACUGGCCAACGGUAUGGACAAUGGCUUCACGAUACUCGAUAUUCUUUUUUGCAGCUCAAGUUUCCAAAAAAUUUUUUUCUCAUUCAAUUGUUAUACAGGAUAUCGAGAGAAGAAAGGUUACAAACUAUGAAACGAUAAAAUUGAUGAUUGUGGAUUUUAUGCGAAUUUUUAUACAUAUAUUUAUUUUACGCACGUAAAAGGAAUUAAAAUAGAUAUAUGAUAUGUAUCUUUUUCAAUGAAUUUAAAGAAAUUCAAUUUAUUUGAUACAUUUGAAUAUUUGAAUUGUUUAAAAUAUUUAAAUAAUUUGUUUCAAAAAGUUCAAAUCAAUAAUUCUUAUUAUUAUUAUUAUAUUUGAAAAUCGAUAUUCAAUUUUUGAUUCUUAAAAUAAUAUAAAAUAGAAUAGAUAAUAAGAUUGUUGACGAGAUUAAUUUUCCAUCUGAAUGUACUCUAUGGAAUUCCAUGGUCACCCCGGUUGAUUAUAUCUUGAUUCGAUUUAUCCGUAUGCUGAUUCUGAGCAUGGAAAAGAUGAAUUUCCAGCCCAGGUUUCUAGAUGAGUUUCGAUUCUAAAUAAGUUUUAAAAUUAUUAUUUUGAAAAAAGAAAAAAAAAUGGGAAAAUUUUCGUUUCUCAGUAUAGAAUUGGAGAAUUCUGAUUCUAAAUGGAUUAUGUCUUGUUUGGAUUACUCUAAAAAUUAUGGUUUUCCCAUUUUUUCCUUGAAAUUUACUAUAAUGCAUUGUGAUUUCUUUGAUAUUUGAUUAUAUGUGAUUUUUAGGUAGUAUCUUUAUUUUUAUUAUUUCAUUUCAUAUUAUAAAAGAAAUAAUAUGCUCUGUAAAAUAAAUAUUUUUUUCUUUUUCUUAUGAUGUAAGCAAAUUUAUAAAGAAUUAUUAGGGUAUUAAGAUGUGCAAGUAGAAAAAUUAAAACAUUCAUGACAGAAAUUCAAUAUAUCUUUAAUCAUUAUUUAAAAUUAUCUAUUUUCUUUCUUCCUUUUUUAAAUAAUAUUUAUUGCAAUGCAUAUUUACUAUAAAAAUCUAUAUAUUAUGUUAUUUAUCAUUAUGUCAAAAUUAUAAACUUUAUGAUUAAAAUUGUUCUUUAAACAAAAUAUUUCUAAAUUAUAUUAAUUUAAUAAACAAUUGAAUUUUUGAUUAAAUAAAAGAUAAAUAAUAAUAAAAUUAAAGAAUUAACAAUUAAUUAUGAUUUUUUUUUCGAUUUCCAAAAAUAAAUAUUCUUAAAAAUAAUUAUUAAACAUUAUUAAAGCGUAAAAAAAUUUUUUUUUUCCAUCACUUAUACUAAAAAUAUCAAUUUUUUUUUAAAAAUGUGCAAGCUAAAUAAAUGAUUUUGUGAAAAAAAAUUUCACUCUAUUCAAGCAUUUUCAUAAGAUCUUUCAAUUUUCAAGAUACAAUUAAAUUUGAAAAAUUAAUAUUUUUCAUAAAUAUGUCAGUGGAAUAUUUAUUAAAGUUUCAAUAAUAUUUUUAAUAAUAGUUAAAUUAACACAUUUGAUAUAUUCUUUUCCUCUUUGAAAAUAUUAUUUUUAAAAAAAUAAUAAAUGAGUUAGAAUUUUCAGUUCUCUUCAAGAGAAAAAUAAUAUAUGUGUUAUUUAUUAAUUUAAAUAUACAUUUUGUUUAAUUAUACGUAGUAUUUAUUUAUUUUGACUUUUAACAAAAUUGCAAAAUUAAUUAAACAAUUUUUUAUAUCAAUAUAAAUUUUAUUAAAUAUAUUACGAAUAUUUUCUAUUAUUUAAAAAUAAUACAAAAAUAAAUAAUAUAAAAUAAAUUUUAUAGUUUAUAAAAUUUACAUACAUUUCAUUUUACAUUGCAAUAAAUAAAAUUAAAAGAAAGAGAGAAAAAAUUAAAAUUUUACAAAAUAUAUUCUGGCUGAAGAUCUUUCAUUUUAUCUAUAUUUUCUUUUAUGUAUCCUUUUAUUUAUUUUUAAUCUGAAUUUUCAUUGUUAUAAUAUUAAUUAGCAUUUUUAAACUUUUUCUUUUAAAUAUUAUUACAUAAGCUAUUAACGUUUAUUUAAAUUUUUAAAAUGUAUUUAAUCAAAUGUAUUUAAAGAAUAUAUCUUACUUCAAUUUGACAGUGAUCAAAUAUUAUUACAUCUUAAAAAAUAUAACGAUUGUUAUUAUUAUAAGGAAAAUUAUCAUGCAAUAUACCAAGAAAUGAUUUAAAUUAAUUAAAAACAAAAUAAUCCAAGCUGCAAAAUAGUUUGUACAACAAAAUGCAUCUAGCGAUAUCCACUAAUACGUAUAAUAAAUUAUUAGCAGAUAUCUAUUAUGCAAACGAUAUUUUGAAAGAAUUCUUUUUUUUUUUUUGAAUUUAUAUGCAAUUCGCGUUGAGAAUGUUACAUUUCUGAACAUUUAAUAUAAAUAAAUACGCAUAAUGAAUUCUAUACGAAUCGAGAUCGUCUUUUCAUAUACACAAAAAGUAGACAUUGUUAUAGCGGUAGAAAAAAAAAAGAUUAAAAUUUAUUUUCGAAAAAAAGAUAAUACUUAAAUUUAGAGAAUUCUGCAAAGUUUAUUUUUUCAUUAAACUUUAAUGAAAAACAGUAUUUUUCCUACAACACAAUAGAUUUAAUUUUAAGAAAAUACAUUAACUUUUUUUUGAAAAUUUGAGUAUGAAAUAUAAUAGUGUUGAUAUUUUUGAAUAUUUCCAAAAUUUUAUUUUAUUUUACUUUUUUUUUUUUUUUUUUUUACUUUUAAAGUCUAUUGUCAAAUAAAUAAAUUUUUCUUGAAUAUUGACUCAGUACUAAACAUAAUGUUUCAAUUAAAUCAUUUUAUUUCUAAAAAUAAAUAUAAGGAUAUUCUUUAUUUUAUUAUUAUAGUCAUGAGAUAUAUAAUUAUUAUACAGAAUCUCUUAUUUAUUUUAAAAUAAUUAAUAUUCUAGAAUUUUCUAUGAUAAUAAAAUAUUCAAGAUUCAAUUUUUAAAUAAAUAUUAUUUAUAUGAUUGAUUUCUUAUGCAAUAGAACAAAUAUUUAAUUUAUCUUUGAUCUUAUUUGACUAUCACUUAACAAUGUCUUCUUAUAAAUUGAAACAUAGAAUUAUAUAUACUGCUAAGUGGUUUCCAUUUUGACACGAUUAAAAUAUAUCGACACCUUCUGUGUUCACAAGAAUAUUUAUAUUAAUCGUUUCGCAGCGUUUUAAAAAUACUUUAAGAAUUCGCGAAAUCAAAUCACUGUCUGCGUGUAGUUCAACAAAAGUAUGCGACUUUUUACAAAAUCAGAAAUUCGAGAUGUUUCUCAUUCGUUAUCGCUUAGAUAACAAAAAAAUUGAAUAUAAAAAAUAGGCAAUCGAAAGUAAUUUGCAUUCGAAUCGACAAAAGAAUCGCUUCGUGAAGACGUUAAUAAAUGUAACAUGUUAAUGUAUAGAAAGCGAUUUAUCAUAAGCAUACAGUGUAUUUAAUAUUGUUAAAUAUUGUUAAAUAUUGAACGCUUUUCAAAGUACUCGCACAAAUUUUUGAGUUGCUGCUCAAAGGCUGAAAUUGAAAAAUGAUAACGUAGUUUGGUACUAAAAUCGACAUUACUAAUAUUAUUUGCGAGAAAAUAUGGGAUAAUCAAGAAAAGAAAUAUAUGUAAAAAAUGUAAGAAAAAUAAUUCUAUUUCUAUUUUAUUUAAUUAGAAAAUAAAUACCACAAGAAAUAAAAAUUUAUUUUCAACAUGAAAGAUAAUCGUUUAAAUUUGAUAAAUGUACUUAUAUAAUAAUCUAAAAAUAAAAAUCAAAAGAAUAAAAAAUUGAACAAAAAAAUUUAAAAAAAUGUUAUACAUCAAUCUUGUUUAGACUUUUUACAAUACACAUAUAAUUCUAAAUAAUUCUAAAUUCAUUAUUUUUUAAUUUUUAAUGAUUAUUUGCUGUUUUAUAAAAGAAUGUGAUAUAACCAUUCCAAACAUUAUCAUAUAACGAUAUAUUUUUACCAUUAAAAGAACGAAACUAUCAAAAAAGAGAAUUUUCUUGAUUAUCUGAUAGUUUUCGUACAAAAUCUAUUUCUAUAUUAUAAUUCUAUAUUAUAUUAUAUAGGUAUUUUACAUGUAUCAUGAAAGAGAUUUUUCAAAAUUUGUUUUGUAAUUUUUAAUUUGUGCCUUUAAAUGCAUUUGAAUAUUAUAAAAAAUUGUAUGACAAUUUGAAUCCGAAUCAUAAAUAGUGAACGUAUAUUUGUAUCUUUUUAUAAUUAAUAUUAAACAUGUUUCUAUCAUUUUAAAAGAAUAAUAUUUAUACUUCUUUGCAUAUCGAGUUCAUUAUCUCAUAUUUACAAUAUAUACUGAUAUUAAUCCUUUAAUAUUUCCUUCUAUGUAUAUUGAAAUACAAGAAUGAUCAAUAUAAUUUUAUUGUAUCGAUUAAAUGGAUAAUAUUAUAAUCGAUUAUACUAAAAAUUCACCAAUGAAAAUUCACGAAAUUUUUUUUCACAACAAAGAUAAUUUGUACGAGAUCCUGAGAUUUUAAGCUCGGGACAGAUCGGUAAACUUCGGCUAAGAUCGAGUGGGAUCCAUAAUAGUCUCGUAUUGCGCGGGAUCUUCGAAAUUUCGAGAUCCUAUUAUUAUAACUUUUAAUCGAUCAAAUCCGAUUAUUCCCGAUUCAUACUUUAAUCUAAUCUUCUAAUCUAAAUCGAGUCUUAUGAUCCCAAACAUUUGAAAAACCAAAUUUUUUUCAGUUCGAAUUUCUAGAUUCCGCACACUUAUUCAACACGCGUUAGAAGAAACGAUAAAAAUGUCCCUAACGUUUGUACCGUAUGGAAGAACUGCUUAUAUCCUAUGUAAUCCGACGAGAUACUCGGGAUCGAAUCCGAAUAAUUCAGAAAUUAAUGUAGCGAUAAGCUAGCGCUAUAAUAUCAGAUAUUAUUUUUUAAGCGAUGUAAAAGUUUGCAGGCGUAAAGAAAUAAGAGAAAGUGUAAAAAGAAAACACAAGGAAUCAGCGUCUAAUUCCCCAGUGACACUGUGUUCACUUGUGCUUUCCACGAAUCUAUGAAUGCGGUGAAGGAACUCUAUGUAGAAUGUCCGAUUGUAAUUAAAUAAUAUUGUAUAUGUCGGAUCAAGUGUCUCAUAGAUAGUUCGAAGAAAAAUGAAGGAAAAAAAAAAUAGUAUAUUACUAUUCUAUCAUUAUGAGAUGGGCGAAUAAAAUUGUAUAUUUUACGAUAUAACGAUGUCGUACUGAGUGAAAAAGAGAAAAAAAUUUACGUAAACCUAAAUUGCAUCGUGUUGUAUUAUCGAUCGAUAUUUAUCGAAAAAAAGAAGAAAAAAAAACAAUAAAAACACGAAAAAAUGACGAUUCGAUGGGGGGAUGAUGUAUGCGGACAGUAAAAGAGAUCAAGUAAAUUAAUCGUGUUACAAAUAUUAAAAUUAUUGUACAAAAUUUAAUGCAGAUAGAUUAUAAGGCCUAUCGUUUUAUUUUUACCAGAUCAAUUUAUGUUUAUAUCGUACGACGUAUCCAUUACUGUCGCGUCGAAUCGCAUGGCGCGAAAACUUGUAUCUAUGCACACGAUUCAUUCACGUUCCUUUCGCGUAUGAGAGACAAGCUCGAGUUCUAACUGGUUCUUUAAUCCUUGGAUUCUGAUAUUGAAUCACAUUUGCGUUAUAAUUUAUGGUUUAAAUGUAAUAGAAUUGAAUUUUAAUCCUUCAUAUUGAGAAUUGUUACUAAUUUUCAAUUCUAUGUAUAACUUAAGAUUGAUCUAAGCAAUUUCCAAAUGAAUUAGAAAUUUUGAAGUAUCCAUCUUUGGUAUCUUUUAUAUUAACCAUUAUUAGAAGAUUAAUCGAUCUAAAUUCUAAAUUCUUUUCUUAACUUUUAAAUAAAUGAAACGAUAAAUUUCGAUGAUAUUUAUUUAUAUAUAUUUAUAUAUUUAUUUUGAGUAAACAUUGAUAAAUAAUUUUCGAAUAUAUUCGUUAAUUUUAUAUUUAACGAAACAAGGAAGAACUCUCGCUAGUCUUUCUAUGCAGUAGCGGCUGACUUCGGUGUCCAUCCCAAUUCUUCGACCUCGUACACUCUAAAUCGUUUGCAAUUUAAAAACAAAAAUAGAAAAAAAAAAGAAAAAAAAAUGACUAAAAGGACUCACGAGGCUUCACGAAGCUGUCAGCGUGGGAAGGAAGAGGCGAGAAAAAGUAUUUUAAGUCAGAGGAUCAGCCGACAAACGAGACACACGCGGACACACUGUACAUUCGUGUAAAGCAUAGCGGAGCCUUAUUGAGAAAGCAAUAUGCAUCCUUAAAAAAAAAUUGCUUAAAAGUAUUUUCAAGCUGCUAAUUUUACUCGAAUAAUUAAUUCCUAUGCUAAGUAAACGAGCAUCGAGGCGCCCUCGAAAUAUAACGCUUGUCUUCGACAGUUUCCUUAUCGAAAUUGAUCGAAGGCUACGUUUCGAGUAUAUACCAUUAAUGUAACCCACGGAUAGCACGUUUAAUCUUUAUGUGUUCUCACUUGACGCAUGUAUAUUUCACUCGUUCGCAAUUGAUCAUCUUGAUCGUUUAUACACUGCCACUUGUAACCCAUCUAUAUAUAUAACAUUUAUUUAAAAAAAAUACUAUUUGUUUAUGUAAUUCUAUUACGUUUUUAGAUUAUUUUCGAUCAAAUUGUACUUUCAAAAAACAUGUAUUUUUUAAAAAAUAUCUGAAGUAUAAGAAGGAUAAAAAAAAAUUGUUAUUAUAUGAAGGAUUUCUCGAUUGAAUUUUAUAUUAAAGUGUUUAAAAAUAUUAAAACAUUAAAAAAUCUCUUUUUUAAAAACAAGGUAUAACGAUUUAAGGAUCAUAGUAGGGUUAAAAUUUUGUAAAUUGAUAUUUUGAUUCAAAUAUAUUCAAAAUUAGACAACGUUACAUAUCGUUGUUACAAUAUAAUAUAAUAAUAUAUAUAUUUUUUUUAGUAAAAAAAAAAUAAAUUACAUUAUUUCUUUUUUUAGUUAGAAAAUUAAAAUUAACGUUUCAAACAUAUAAAUCUCAGAAUUAUGUUUUUCGCUACAUAAAUAAUUAAAUAAUAAUGUAAAAAUUCUAAAUGGAAACUGACAACAUAUUUAAUGAUUAACAAAACAAUGUUUUCCAUAUAGAAUGUUAUAUAAUUUAUUUAAUGUCCUGAUUAUAAUUGAACUUCUGUAUACACAUUUAUAUGUAUUCAAGGAAUUAACGUUCUACCGUGGGCGGCAACCAGAGUCCUCUCGACUCCGUAUGUAAAUACACUUCCGAAAAUAGUACGUAUGAAAAAUUAUUCAAAGCCUAUACGAUACAAUUUUCUCCCACUUAUUAAAUCUCUAUUAAAAUGUAUAAUAAAAAACGUGAACGAAUAUCCGAUUCCAGCGGCUUCCUCUUCAAUACUUUUGUGGUAGAUUGAAAACAACAAUGUCGAUUUACCGAUGAAUCGAGUAUGUAAAUAUAUAUAUGGAAAGAAAUAAAACAGCGAGGAAACCGAGGGAAACAUGAAAAUAUUCGAAAAAAAUAGUAGCGGCGCUCCGUAUUUUGGCGUAAAGGCUAAGCGAACGCGCAGACUCGUGAAACCGAGCAGGGAAACAGUGGUUUUAGCGAGUCCCUGGGCCAUAACAUAGGUCACUAAUUAUAAUAAUAAUAUAGGAAUAUUCCAGCGUUAUUUUGUACAUAAACAACUUUAUCAACGGAUAUUAAGAAAUCAUCAAUAAAUCUAUAUACAAAAAGA